AUGGUGACCAUCACGCGAAGGCAAAAGGAUGCCCUGACUUCUAGGUGUGCUUUGCUUGAGCGGGCGCUUGCUGAAGCCAUCCCGUCCGAUCGCGAAAGAACAAAGCUUCUCGACCACUUGACGCUUACUGAAAAUCCCCAGGGAAAUGCCUUGGAACUCGAGAGCCAGGAGGUCCCUGAGGAGGAGCAGAAUCUUCGGGAAGGUCGUAUUCUACAGGAUCCAGAUGGCAUCGUACGUUACCUUGGAGAGUCUUCUGGCGCUACAUUUCUUAAUCAUCUACGCGAAUACAUGGCAACAGUCAUUCCCUUGACAUUUGAGUCCACCGACUCGGUGUUUCCAACCCUGACACAGCUCGAUCCUCUGCUACUGCCCACGAAAGAAGAGGCAGUCUAUAUGUUGACUGAGCUCCGCUACUGCGCACAAGAUGGCGUUGAGACUUUCCCAUCUGGUGGUAUCUACUAUUGGCUCAACCCAGAAAGUCUAAUGUUGGAAUAUCAAGCUUAUCUUGAUGCGAAUGGUGCACUCGACAUCAGCCCGAAUAUGGUCACCGCAAAUGCGGCCUUCGCAGUCGCAUGCCAAUUCAAUCCUCAAUGUGCACCACAUUGGGAAUCUGCAUCUGGUCAAACUUUUUUUGCCAGAGCCAAAACCUCGCUCGGAAACCCCCUAGACAUGUCUGUUGUCAAUGAUGCGAAUGUACUUGCUCUGCUCAGUUUCUAUCUCUUGAAUAACAAUAGGCGUGAUGCUGCUUAUAUCUAUGUCAGCGUUGCCAUGCACAUUUUGAUUGUUCACGGUGUUCACCGAGCUUGGAUGGUUGAUGAACAAGGCAAGAGGCUCUUCUGGACCGUCUAUACUCUCGACAGAUGGUUGAGCUGUCUCAUGGGAAGGCCAGCCCUGAUUUCUGAUGAUGCGAUAAAGUUGGAUCUUCCUCGGGAUGCGAGUGGUUUGCCACCUGCAGAUGGUCUUUGCGCUCACGUGGAACUCGCGAGAAUAUCUAAUUAUGUCGUUGCGAAUGUUUAUGAUAUCUCACGCCAAUGCGAUGCACCUGCCAAGACUACUCUGUGCAUCCAUAAAGCAUUAGGAUAUCUUCGAGUUUGGUGUCAAAGGCUCGAACCAGUCCUGCAGGCUACGGAUGAAAAUCUGAACCGCGAUCGUGGUGUCUGUGAGCUGCAUAUGGCACAUAACCAAUUGGUGAUCCUCACUGUUCGACCUCUCUUGUUUAUCGCCGUAAAGAAAGAGACAGCCAAUGUGCUCCUCAAUGGGCGAGCUAAAAACCAGGAAAUUUCAUACCAGACCGAGCUCGACCUUUGCGCAGAAGUUGCAAAAAGGAAUGUACAUCUGUGGAAUAGCCUCCUAAAUUUGCCGAGACCCGCAAGACUAUCACAUACCAGCAUUCAUUACUUAUUCAACGCUGCUCUGACACUCCAACUCUAUCAAAUACUUGUGGAAGGCCAAGCAGAGGCCGACUAUGAAGAAGUCGGCUUUGUGAUCUCUGUCUUGGAUGCGGAUGAGAGUACAAACAAGGAAUAUGCGAGAGACUGCUCAACCGUUCUAAGGGAUCUUGGGUCGCUGAUGGGAAGAUUGAGAAGUGUUGAUGUGUUCACAGCUGCGCCCGAUGGAGAGGUGUCUCGCGGCAAGGCUGUUGCCCUUCAUCCAUUUACACCAGGCAUGUCAUCCUCAAGUGAGGAUACCGGCACCACAAGUGCUGCUGGUUCUCUCAAGCAGUAUGCCCACUCCCAUGAGACUAUUGAUGAACUACGUUCUGCUCAAAUAGCAAGCUCAAAGGUCGAAUCCAGGGAAAGCGCAUAUCAUGAACUGCUCUCAUGGCUCCAUACGGAUGAGCUGCAGCAAAAGUUCGAUUUCCCUCACCGCCUAGGAUGA